UUUUAAUUCAAAUGAAGAACCACAAAGCAAAACGUAGAGCGCAAUCUGAACAAAGAGAAAGCCCUAAUGGAGAGACAUAUUCUCAUGCCCUCAUUAGUUUGUUCUCUUUGGUUACAGAUGUGAAAAACGAAAUCACUGAAUUAAGAAAAGAGCAACAGACAUCAAGAGAGAGAAUGAUCUCCCUACAAGAGCAAAUUGCAAGACUUAGUGGGCAUAUAGACCCUAACCAGGUUCGUUCUCCAAGCCUAUCUCAUUCAACAACAAAUUCAGAUGGCAAUGGUGAAAGAUCAAGACAAGACAAUAAUAGACUCUAUGGCACUACUGACUGGUCACCAUACUAUGUGGGUGAUGCUACCAGAUCAAUAGUGUACAAUGGCCCUCUGGGUCCGUACAUGUACAAUCCAUCUUACUCUCAUUUGAGCUCUAAUGCAACAAAUUCUCAUUACAUUCCGCAGGCCACACGUAGGCCUCCUUCAUCUUAUUUUACACAAUCCCUUCCCCACGCAAAGAUGUCUUCAGCAAAGUUGGACAAAUCCAGCCCCAGUAGAACUGAGUCACGGCAAGAAGAACCGCACAACGACCCCGCUUCGCCAGUGGAACAAAAUUUGGAACACACUUUGAGCGAACAAGAAGAAGAGAACCAAACAAGCUCCAGGAGAGUUACGCGUUCAUCUACCAAGCCAAAUCAGCAAAGGGUUACUACCAGACGUUCUAGUCUUGCGAAUGCUGCCAAAAAGAGGGCACCUCCAAAGUUGCCUUCAUCUGCUCUUCCACCUAAGAGACGUGCGCGCACAGUCAAAUCUUACCGCAUAGUGUCGGAUAGCGAAACCGAAAGCACUGAUGAGUCAGAACAGGAUCCUACGGAAGAGAUAAAUGUAGGUAACAAAAAGCAAAAUAAUAGAGAAAAGAAUGACAGCAAGAACAAAAGCAAUGGUAAAACGUCAAAGGCAACACAAGAUACGCCUGCUUUAGAUCAACAGUCUAAGGAAAUGGAAGAAGAUAACGAAAGAAAUGCUAAUGAUCAGGAAACGAAAAAUUCAGAACAAGGCGCCUAUAAUAUGGAUCAAAACAAGGAGGAUGCAUCAACACAAGAAAAAGAACAAGAAAAUUUGCCUGAAUCAGCCAAGCUCAGGGAAGAUGCACAAAACACAGUUGUUCGGGAGGCACCAAGCUCUCAAAGGAGUAGUAGUACGUCUACCGUUGAUAAGCCUCUCAUCCCGGUUGUGAUUCCUGCAAAGCACAUCCCAAAGAGAUAUGGACGUCAAACUGUUAAUCCUAAAACAACUCUAGUUGACGGCGACUUCUUUGGAAUUAUAAGCAUGAAACAAAAGGAAGAAGCCGAGAAGCAAAAGAAUGGUAGUAGAAGCUCUAGUGAUAUCAGUAUCGACAGUAGAGAGAAUCUCAAACCAUCUGAAAUAUUAUCUAUCCAAAGUGUUUUACAGAAUGAGCAUGCAAAAGAUAUUACUCAUGAAACAGUGAAUGAUACACAAGACAUAGCACAUGUAGAGACAAGAAUUGUUAAAGAGCAAGUCAUUGGCAUUGAAGGAGAGUCUGAAGCAGAAACUCGCAGUUUAAAGACUAAAAAAGCAAACCAAUCCUCUGUUAACUACGAUUCUGAUGCAUCAGGUUUAAGUUAUCUUUCAGCCACGGAUAAUAACACAGAUACAGAGGCAGAUUAUAAUACAUACCGUCUAACAGCAAAAGAUGAAUCUACGCCCUCUGAAAAAAUGGCGCGUGCAAAGGAGUUAGAGUUUGAACUUACUCCUGAGGAACAAUUAGCAUCUGAAGGUCUCCUGACUCCACUCAUUCGGGUACCCUUGGAUGCAAGCAAAUCCACUGCGGAUGUUGUUAUGCAAAAAGCAAAUCUGAAAAAGAACAGCAAAAAGAGAGUAUUCGAACGUGAGGUUAAGUUAUUAGGUGUUGAAAAGAAGGAGAUCAAGAAAUUAGGCGACUAUAGAGAACGUAAACUCAGACCUAGAUUUGAGAAAAAGAGGCUCCAUAUCUACUGAACUUAUACUUUUUAAACCAUUUUUGUAAAUUUCCCAUCUAUCCUUUUCUCCUUUAGCAUUGAUUUAACCAAAUUUUGAUAGUAAAGCCCUAUUUUAU